AUGAUGCCGUUUCCGGUGACGACCCCUGGAUCACAACAGACCCCGCCGCCGCCCAAGCGCUGUGGCAUCUCCUCCCCCAUCAGUUUAGCAGCCCCCAAGGAGACUGACUGCGUACUUACCCAGAAGCUAAUCGAAACCCUGAAGCCCUUCGGGGUUUUUGAAGAGGAAGAGGAACUGCAGCGCAGGAUUUUAAUUUUGGAAAAAUUAAAUAAUCUGGUGAAGGAAUGGAUACGGGAGAUCAGUGAAAGCAAGAGCCUUCCACAAGCUGUAAUUGAAAAUGUUGGCGGGAAAAUCUUUACGUUCGGCUCUUACCGGUUAGGAGUACACACGAAAGGUGCCGAUAUCGAUGCGUUGUGCGUUGCUCCAAGACAUGUUGACCGAAGCGACUUUUUCACCUCGUUCUAUGAUAAAUUGAAACUACACGAAGAAGUGAAAGAUUUAAGGGCUGUUGAGGAGGCGUUUGUGCCAGUUAUUAAACUGUGUUUUGAUGGGAUAGAGAUUGAUAUUUUGUUUGCAAGGUUGGCGCUGCAGACCAUUCCAGAAGAUUUGGACCUAAGAGAUGACAGUCUGCUUAAAAAUUUAGAUAUUAGAUGCAUAAGAAGCCUUAACGGUUGCCGGGUGACAGAUGAAAUUUUACAUCUGGUACCCGACAUUGACAACUUCAGGUUAACUCUGCGAGCUAUCAAACUGUGGGCCAAAUGCCACAAUAUCUAUUCCAAUAUAUUAGGUUUCCUAGGAGGUGUUUCCUGGGCCAUGCUAGUGGCAAGAACUUGCCAGCUCUAUCCAAAUGCAAUAGCAUCGACUCUUGUACGUAAGUUUUUCUUGGUGUUUUCUGAAUGGGAGUGGCCAAAUCCAGUGCUACUGAAAGAGCCUGAAGAACAGAACCUUAAUUUGCCUGUAUGGGACCCAAGAGUAAAUCCCAGUGAUAGGUACCAUCUUAUGCCCAUAAUCACACCAGCGUACCCACAGCAGAACUCCACAUACAAUGUGUCUGUUUCAACAAGGAUGGUCAUGAUUGAGGAGUUUAAACAAGGGCUGGCCAUUACACACGAAAUUUUGCUGAGUAAGGCAGAGUGGUCCAAGCUUUUUGAAGCUCCAAGCUUCUUUCAAAAGUACAAGCAUUAUAUUGUACUUCUAGCAAGUGCACCAACAGAAAAACAACAUCUAGAAUGGGUGGGCUUGGUGGAAUCAAAAAUCCGAAUCCUGGUUGGGAGCUUGGAGAAGAAUGAAUUUAUUACUCUGGCGCAUGUGAAUCCUCAGUCAUUUCCAGCUCCUAAAGAAAAUCCGGACAGGGAAGAAUUUCGCACGAUGUGGGUGAUUGGGUUAGUGUUAAAAAAGCCGGAAAACUCUGACGUUCUCAGUAUUGAUCUCACCUAUGAUAUCCAGUCUUUCACGGAUACAGUUUAUAGGCAAGCAAUAAAUACUAAGAUGUUUGAGGUAGAUAUGAAAAUUGCUGCAAUGCAUUUAAGAAGAAAGGAACUUCAUCAACUACUACCUAAUCAAGUGCUUCAGAAAAAGAAAACACAUUCAGCGGAAGGUGUCACUUUGACAGCUUUGAAUGACAACAGCCUUGACUUCUCUGUAGACAGUGAAGACGGCAUGUCUGUGCCUUCACCUACUAGCAUUAUGAAGACCGGCCCGACGACUGGCAGCUGUCAGGGCAGAAACAGUCCUGCUCCUGCUAUAAUGGUGGCACCUGUGACCAAUGUGCAAGUUACUGAAGUUUCCUUGCAACAAGCGAAUCCCAGUGCAAGCUUGGGUGCGUCGGGGGAAAGCAUUCCUCAGACUGCCUCGCAACCAGCCCUUUGUCCGCCACCAAAGCCCACAGUUGCCAGAGUUGUUUCUUCUACACGUCUGGUAAAUCAUCCGCCCAGGCCUUCAGGGAGCACUGCAACAAACAUAGCUAAUCCUAUAGUGGGAGUCUAG